AUGAACGCCGUCCUGGCCAGGGACAGCCAGGUGAAGAUCAUGGAGAAGACAGUGGCCAACGCAGAGAAAUACUUUGGCCGGUUCUGCUCUCUGAUGGCUUCCUACACCCGGAAAGCAGCCAAGCUCCGCGACAAGUCUGAUCUCCUGGUGAAGCAACUCAUUGACUAUGCAAAUACCGAGAGCCCUGAGCUGCGAAACACCAUGAAGAGCUUUGCGGAGGAGUUAGCCAAAGUGCAGGAUUACAGGCAGGCUGAGAUAGAGCGACUGGACACGAGGGUGGUUGAGCCCCUGAAGCUCUACGGCAUCCAACUGAAGCAGAUCCAGACAGAGCUCAAGAGGUUCAACAGCACCCGCAGCAACGAGAUAAAGCAGCUGAAGAAGCUUGUGCGGCUGCGACAGAAGGCACCGUUGGACCGGCAGGUCAUCGCCCAGGCUGAAUCCAGCAUGCAUCGAGCCAUGGCGGACACCAGCUACACCUCCAAGCGCCUGGAGGAGACCUUCGACUGCUUCCAGAGAAAGAAGCUGAAGGAUGUCCAGAGGAUUUUCUCAGAUUUUGUUGCUGUCGAAAUGAUUUUCCAUGCCAAAGCCCUCGAGGUCUACUCUGCUGCCUUCCAGAGCCUGCACAGCUACGACAGCGGGAAGGACAUGGAGGAUUUUCGAGCAAAGAUCCGUGCAACAUCAGGAGACUACAACCCGCACCCGGUCCACACCACCAGCCCAUCGCCCUCCCUGCCGCGGUCCCUGGGGGGCCAGGAGUAA